AUGACCAAGGGUGGAGGAUUCGGCAACAACUGCUCGAGAUCUCUCCGUGCCCAGAAGCAUCCUCUGGCGACCUUCUUCGUUGAGGCGCACGACUUCGUUCAUAAUGCUGGAGCGAUCCUCUACCGUCGUGUCAAGGUUCCUGCACCGGCUGCAGAUGGCGCGGCGAUCCCACUGCCCCGGCUGCUGUGCCUGAUGACGCAGGACGCCCCCCGGCAUCUGUGGUACACACCCCUGGUUUGCGCGCUCUCGUCGACUCGUCUCAUGAGUGACUUCAUUCCUCCCCCUGCGCAGCGAAAUGUGACCCCUCUUGUCAUGCGCGUCUUCCCUCGCCAUGUGCAUGCUCGCGCUGCGCUGACCGAUCAGCAGCGUGAUAUCCUCACCUUGCACAGCCGCAGGACACACUCGCUCAAGUCGCAGGAUAGGGUCUUGCAGUCUACCAUCUUCGCUCAUUUUCCUGAGCGAGACCUGAGCCACUCUCCGAUGCGAGUCUCGAGCUACUACCCCCUCAAGGCCUUCCCGCACCGCUAUGCUCAGAUGCUCGACUGCUAUCUCCAUGGCAUGCCGAUCUGCCAGUGUCCGACGAAAUGUGAUGGAUGUCAGCGCGAGCUCGAUCCCUCCGUUGCUGCACAUCAUCUCCAGACCUGCAAACGCCGAUCCUCCAAGCUUCCCACGGCGCAAGACAACCUUACUCGUACGAUUCGGUCGAUGCUGAACGAAGCUGGUCUUCAGAGCGUCAUCGAUACAGUGGGGGAUCCUCGUUCUCGACGGCAGGUACCCUCCCAUCCUCAUGGCCGCAAGAUGAAGGGCGAUAUCCACAUCCCUGGAAUCCGCGAUCGAGGGUCCGAGCAGUACGAGGGCUUGAUGGCGGACGUGACGUUGGUCCACCCUUACAUUGGUAGCUCUGCCGACCUGACCAAGUGGGGGGAGGUCAACCUCGACGCCCUCCAUGUUGCAGCGUCUGAGAAAAUUCGCAAACAUCGCGCUGCAUAUGCUAUGACUACUCCUCCUCGAGCGUUCAUCCCUCUUGCCAUCUCGACGGACAGUACCCUGCAUCCUGACACCCUCCGCUUCAUCUGGUAUCUCGCGGACAUCAUUGCUCAGCGCUCAAUGCCUCUUGAGGAUGCGGCGUUUGGUCGGCACUUCGUGCCUGAUGACGGCCCUGCUGCUGAGGUCUUGGCUCGCAAACGCGCCGCCACCUAUCAGCGCCUCACCAUGCAGCUGACGCUGGAGGCGCUCUUGUCUGGUGCGAGGCGCAUGACGCCCUUGCGGGCGCAAGCACUUCUCGAGCCAGAGGACAGCUCCUCCUCGGACUUUGUCGAGUCGCCCGAGGAGUCUUCGCCGGAGGUCUCCGACUCCGAUGGGGAAACACGUCGAGUGGCUGCUUGUCUGCGCGGCUUCGCGCUUGGGCUGGCGAUGCCGCGUCUGGGUGCCAGCAGUGCUGCGAGAAGCUGCACAAACGACGUCACAGUGAGGGACGGAGACGCCUCGCCAGCUCCGCGCCGCCCAGACGCGGCAUCGCCAGCCCAAGCGCGAAGCCGCGCAGACAAGCAGCCUAAGGGUCAAGCAACAAGCAGCAGGAGCAUGCAGGAGGAAUAA